AUGGAACUCGAUGAGAUAGCGACCAAAGCGGGAGCGGGCUCAGAGAUACGAAAGUAUCUCAGCAUCAGGGGAGUGUGCUCCGCAGGGACGCUAGCUAUGAUAGCAGCUGAUGAACAGAGCUUCCGAACGGUCUUUGUUGCACCCCUGAUGGCAGGGUUCACUAGUGGGCCGGAAAGCAUAAAGAUCGCUGAAGCGGACAAACCCAUAGCGACUGCAGUGCUUCUGUAUAUGCGACAACUCGCGAUCAAGGAUCAAGCUUCGACUGCUGGUGCUUCUGCCCCGACAGGCCCUACGACAGCUGAUGACAAGGUGCCUCAGGCUCUGCCUCCCGGAGUCUGGGCGGCUCAGCUCAAGAAGUACGAGGAUGUGACGAUCAACGGCAGGAACCGGCGCUUCCCGCAGCAGAUGGACAGAUCAUGUCAAAGCGGAGCUUUGACGCCACCGGUCCUGUCCAAGCGGAAGCAGAAGAGUGAUUUGGUGAUCGAUGUCGACCGGGACAGGCUGGUCACAGAGGAGCAGGACGAUAGUUGGGAGCCACGCUCCAUGGUGGCAGUGUGUGAUGCACUGAACGGGAGCAGCAAAACCUUCGCUGAGGGUUUGCAGGUGGUGAAGGACGACAUCAACCUGUAUCAGGAGCACAUGGCCCCCGCCAAACCCACCGGGGACAGGGCGACGUCCGUCUCAGAAGCCCCGCGGCUAGGGAUUCGGAUCCCGGGCAAGGAGGCAGUCCGGGAGGUUCCGUACCAGAGCGGCCGCACUUUCACGGCAGCCAGCGGGAAAACUAUGUUGCGACCGACACCUAAGGUCAAGGGCGGCAUGGCGCAUCGACGCUCCAAGGACAAGGUCACCUGGGCCAGUGGCUCCCCGGACGUGGGCCAUUCAGAUGUGCAGCAUCCUGGUCGCAGGAGCUUGGGCCAGCAGCGCCAACGUUGGGAUGUGAGCCUCCCUUUCCUCCGCCAACGUUUAUCCAAGCUGCUGGACCAGGACUUGGACAUUCUCCGCAAAUUGAUACACCUGGACUUCUUCUCGGGCAUGGGCAGCGCUUCCUUGGCGCUCCAGCGACUGGGGAAACCAAUCCGGUGCACCUUCCAGUGGGAGAUUGACGAGGCGGCGAUGCGCAUCGCCAAGCGAGCCACAAGGAAACUUGUUGUUUCGCAGCGCGGGGAUUUUGAAACGGGACGAGCCGGCCACGCAGCAGCAGCAAUUCGAGCAGUCAGGGGCGUUGAACACGAUCUUCUGCUGGUGACAGCGGGGGCCCCGUGCCCAGAUUUUUCGAAACUGAGCUCAUCUGCUGCUGGCCGAGAAGGAGCCUCUGGAGAUCUGUUCGUACACUUUACCAAGUUUUUGGCCAAGCUCUUGGCCCAUUUUCCGGGCCGUAAAGCCUGUCUCUUGGCCGAAAAUGUGGUGAUGAAGAACUUGGGGGAUGUGCAAUUCUUCUCCAGAGCCCUGCACGCCGAACCGGUCGUAGCAGAUGCCAGAUCCUCUGCUCCCCUGCGAUGGGCUCAACUUCCCAACAAGCUGGCCCAGCUCCACUUGCAGGUGACCCCCGACCGCAUCGAUGACAUGCAGCCGGAUGGACAGGCACCGUCUGUUACACUAGGAAACAGCUGGCAUGUGGAUGUCGCCAAGCACAUGCUGGAUUUUGCUCUCCGAUAUGGAGUGAUCACUCUGCCGGGCCCUUUUGGCCAUAGCAGCACGAGUGCUGAUGGAGUUCGCGACCUGCGCUCGGCACAGAAGGCUGCCGCAGCCGCACCAUUGCCCAUGAGCCGGGCAGCAGAAAUGAGUGAGCAUGUGCACAUGGUUCCUGUGUCGUCGAUGUGGGAACACUGGGAGGCCUCCUUUAGUGCAGUUCACCCCAGCCUCCUCCCAACCCUUUUGGACCCGAGCUUGGAGAUCACGGUGCAACGACUGGUAUCAUUGGGUCCUGAGAGGGUCAAUCAGAUUCGUUCCCAGGUGAUUGCAGACAUUCAAGAGUUGCGUGAUGCCAUGUGUGAUGCUACGAGGACAUGGCAUGACAGUCUGGCACCGCACAUCAAACGAGCAUAUACAUUACCGGAUGGGUAUAUCGUUCAAAUCCCUUUGUUCAUCGCGCUACUCCGAGGUGCGGGCUACCCCGACUGUGCUGCGUUGCAGGAGGCCUUGACUUCUGCUUCCCGGUUACAGGUCAGCUGUCACGCAGCCCAGGCUGGCGUCCCAGAUUGGACGACAGGUAUACAUGCCAGUCCCAUUUCCAUGGAGGCGUUCGCCACAUUGAAUCAUGAUUACAUUGUUCGUAAGCUGAAGAACGGUCGGGUCGACCCGGAGUGGCAGACGAUGCUUUCUGAGAUUAUCGCCGAGGUGCAGAUCGGACGGAUGACAGGGCCGUUUGAGGCGCCCUCGAAUUGGCCCAAGGCGUGUGUGCCCGUGCAUUCCCAUUCCGGUUUACAAAGCUGUAUGCCAUUACCAUACCACGACAUUCGGGUGGCAGGAGCCUUUUCAGUCACUCAAGUGGGGAGUGACGGCGCCAAGAAGGUGCGCCGAUGCGAGGAUUUCCGUCGCAGUUUUCACAAUGCAACGAUUGGCGCAGGAGACAUCCCUGCUCAUGAUACCAUUCAUACUUACGUUGGCGUUCUGCAGGGGCUCGCUCGCGCCGGUUUUGACACGAGGGUUUGGUGUCAGGAUUUGUGGGCGGCUUACCGCCAAUUUCCGGUCGCUCGGCCUAGCGACUCCUUCACACUGUUGGCGACACCGAGCGGGCCCACUCUCUGGGCUCAUGCUGUACUCCCAUGCGGGGCUGCAUCUUCCCUUUGCUGUUUCAAUAGAUUCGUGGACGCACUGGGGUUUCUGGCUCGUACAUUAUUGAUUCUUUUGAUCAUUCAUUACGUGGAUGAUAUUGGAGGCCCUGACACAGCGGAGGGUGCAGUGCCUGGCUUUUCAGCGUUCGCCGAGUUGUGUGAGAUAUUUGGAAUGCGGUUGAAACCGAGUAAGGCUCAACCCCCUGACGUUAAGCAUAAACUGCUGGGCGUCAUUCUGGAGAUUCUUCCUCACGGAAUCCGGUUGGCGCCUUCACCAGAUCGCUUGGAGAAGGUCAUUGGCACAAUUCAGCAGGCUUUGGACACAGACAUGUUAGAACCAGAGGCGGCUCGCAUUAUGACCUGUCGGACGAGCCCCCAGCACACUGGACCUGCAGAUCCUCAGGGCAGUAUCGAAACGGUACUGCUUUGCUUUUCAAGUCGGAAGGCCCUUAUCUACGCUCUUGAAAUCCUUGCACAGAUCGUUGCUGCGAUCUCUUGUCAUGAGAUUCUUUGCUGCCCAUAUUGGGUCGGCUUUUGCGACAAUUCCGCGGGGCAUGGUUGGGCUGAGCUCCAUUCGGAUCUUCACGAUCUAUGGCAUAUCCUUCUGCGAGUGGCCACUGAUUUCGAUUUCGCGGUGGACAAAGCUGCGGCAGCGUUGCUUGGGCUCCACUGGCACUUUGUGUAG